AUGUUAAAUCAAACCUCUGGGGGUGAGUUUCUAUUUCUGGAAUUUUCUACCAUGUGGGAGUUACAGCUACUGCAUUUUUCCACUUUCCUUCUCAUUUACUUGGCAACACUGAUAGGAAAACUUCUCAUCAUUACAACUGUGUCUCUUGAUCUCAAGCUUCCUUCUCCUAUGUAUUUCUUCCUUGCAAACCUUUCCUUUCUUGAUAUCUCCUACAUCUCUGUCACCAUUCCCAAAUCCAUGGUAAAUGCCUUGAUCAAUUCCAGAUGGAUAUCUUUCUCAGGAUGUGUGGCCCAGGUCUAUUUGGUCGUCACUUUUGCAGAUGCAGAAUUAUUCUUACUCACAGCAAUGGCUUAUGAUUGCUAUGCUGAAGUCUGCUACCCCUUGCAUUACAGGGUGAUCAUGAACUGGAGUGUAUGUAGUGAAAUGGCGGUUGGUUGCUGGAUUGGUAGCAUGCUCUAUUCCGUUGUACAUAUGGCUAAUACUUUCAGGUUAUCCUUUUGUCAAUCCCAUCAAAUUGAUCAGUUUUUCUGUGAUGUCCCACAGCUGUUAAAAAUCUCCUGUUCAGACACACAUACUAAUGAUAUCUUGAUGUUUGUCCUGGGUUAUUUAUUAGCUUCUGUAUGCUUUUCUAUAAUAUUUGUUUCAUAUGCUUAUAUCUUCUCCACUGUGAUAAAGAUCCCUUCUGUCUAUGGAAGAUCCAAAGCUUUCUCAACCUGCCUUCCACACCUGGUCAUUCUCUGCUUAUUUCUGGGCACUGGAGCCUUUACAUAUACAAGGCCAAGGUCAGCAUCCUCACUUGGUCGAGACAUUGCAGCUGCUGUCCUUUACUCUGUGGUGCCUCCAUUGAUAAAUCUCAUCAUUUACAGUCUAAGGAACAAAGAAUUAAAAGGGGCCCUGAAAAAAAUGAUCAAAAAGCUGGCACUCCCUACAAUUCAACUUAUGAUUCUAUAA